CGAUCCCACCGGCGAGGAAGAGGCAGUUGCUAUGCAGAUAAUAAUGGCUGUCAACUUGGGCAAGCGGAAUAUCCACAUUUGGGGAGAACAGUGUUCCGCCCAAGGAAAAUAUCGUUUAUCGACAUGUGCACUGUAUCACCGAGGUUCAUUCCGCAGCUUCGAUAUCUUCCUUUCACUCGCGACUUUCGUCCCUCACUCUUUUCUGUCUGCUGUCCGUUCGCUGGAAGGAACGGGCUAGGUCUGCCCGAUAUCGAGUCAGAUUGGAGGCUCACACCCUUUCAAGGCGACGAUCAACCCUGUCGCUGUCGUCUUGGCGUGGGUAAAGCUCGAUCAUUCGGUUCGACAUUCGAUUGAACAUUCAAAUCAACAUUCACUUCACUACAAACAUCUUUCACUCCGACUCUCGUUAAUAACAACUGCAUUCUUUUGAAAACUAUCGCUGGUCGACAACAGCUCACCACUCGCACUUGCACUCGAAUAUCAAACAUCAAAAGCGGGCAACAACAGCCAGCACUCCAGAACACACCAUGUCCGCUAUCCCCACCAACCUCGUUCCCAGCAGCAUCUCUUCCGUUUUCAAAGCCCUCCCCACCGAUACUAAUGUUCUUCUUUCUCCUGGAGGGUCCACCUCAGAUGCAUGGUGGAAUACCGACGCUCCCACUAUCCCCGUCUCCUCACCCACGGGCACGCUGCCGUCCUCAUCAUCCGUCUCGCCCACUUCUCCACCUACCACAACUUUAACAGCAGCUAUAGCGGGCGGUGUCGGUCUCUUGAUUCUCAUCGGCAUACUGGUUUACUUCCUUCAUCGGCGAUCCAGAAAACGCCCUGAGUUCAGACACAAGAAACGUCGUUCCCUAGGCUCGCGCAGCUCUUUCGGGUUCACCAUACGCCCUGGGGCGAUCCCCCCGAGUCUCCGAGCACCGAUAUACGAUCCUGGCGAUACGAGCGAGAGCCUCCAUGCAGCAUGGGGGCUGCGGUUUACCCCUUCACCCAGCACUGUGCCUCCUACAUCCCUCCCCUCAGUCCCAGCGACAUUGGCUUCCGCACCAAUGCCAAGCACCCACCCUCAUACACCAAACACGGGGGAUAGCAUGCUCAACCGGCUGUUCCUCCACAGUCCAGAAACAGCGACGGAAGACACGCACGUUACCCCUACGAGCGAAACGGGCAGGGACCCAAGUCCCGUCCCGUUCCCCACUCCAACUCCUGCUGCACUUGCUGUGCCUGUGCUUCCUCCGCCUAGGCCGAGGGACGUGCGCCCGUCGACGGUGAGCACAAUAGGGGGAAGUAUACGCCCGCUUCUCCCGGCUCCUGCACAUGACCGGGAGCCCUCAUUAUCAGAAAUGAGCGAAGCGACGUUCUACACCGUGCGAUCUCGGCACUCGGCAACCCCGAGCUUGGCCAGCGUGCUCCCCCAAAACGAAGCGGGCGUAGGGAUGGCCCUCCUUUCUACAGCUACAGAAGGGCUGCCAACUUUCCCUGUUCCCCCGAGGGCGGAGGGGAACUGGCGUACGAGCGCGGGCGGGUUUUACGCUCUUCCCGCGGAAAGUGUAGCCAGCCUUCCUGGAGCCCCGCAUCCUCCUACUCCGUCCACCGAAGCCUUUGACACCGAUACCGAUACCGACAACACCGACAGCACUGAAGGAGGUGUGUAUGCCGGCCUUGGGGUUGUUGGCUCGGCAGGACAGGGGAGUACGCUGUCCGUUUCGCCUAGGGUGGUGCACGGGGAUGCCCCCUCUGGUGGAGAACACGACUGGGUUGCAGACUUGGAUGUACACCGGACACCUACUCCCAGCCAAGGGCAGGCCUACCAUGAGCCAGAUCCAUUCCUGUCCACCGCGGAUGAGGAACUCUCAAUCCGGGACUUGGAGCGGGAGGUGGCGCUUCACCCGCCGUAUGUUGAGCCCAGCCUUAGGCACUGGAACCCCUUUGCCAGAGGGGAGGACGAUGAUGGCCAGAGCGAGAGAUACAGAGAGAUAGAGAUGGAGCGCUCUAUGUCUGCUUUGAUGUCUGCUUUGGAUAAGGACCCUGGGGCGGUGGGGGCCAGGGAGAGGGUUAGCAGGAUGUUCGAGGGGAGGAUGAGUGGUGCGUAUGUGGCAGGGAGCGCGAGGAGUAGCGCUACCGUUCGUCCGCGCAGUCAAGGGCGCACUGCCAGCGUCGGCAGCCCUCCCCCCAUCGAGGAGCAAACACCCGGACAAGCAACUCCGAAAGUAAAGGAACGCCGUUCAGCGGUGAACAUCGCUAAGGCGUAUCGCGGGGAGCCUCCUGCUGAACCGCUUGCCCCGGUCGUCCCUGCGGCUGACCCAGCGAGCGGGAGACCGCGCGCUGAUUCCGGAAAAUUGAGGAAGUUGCCUACUGGCCGGCCGAGGCGGUAGUCUUUCUGUUAUCUUCAACAUUGGAGGUUCAUCGCACACGGCGGAAGAUUCGCCCGCAUGGAUGCUCUUUGUGAUAUUUCGUUCAACGCUUCGUUCUUUCAAUUCUCCAUUCGUUCUUCGUUCUUGGUCGCUCCUCGGGAGCAAGCAUGUUGUCAACAUACCACACACCUCUUGGUCCACACAACAGUACCCUACAUCCCUCUCUCUCAGACUUGUCAAUA